ACAUCCCACAAUUCAAUGCCUCGCGUUACCAACGCAACAAUGGCGGCUUCCUCUGCCAGUGUGGAGGGUGUAAUAGGACCGCUAGGCAGCUGUUUAACUAAACUAGGGUUUGAAGUGUUCCCUCUGAAGGUAGGCUGGUAUAACUCAGUGUUGCCUCCUUCCUUUCACCUGCCUUACCCAGAUGAUGCCUUGGCCGUGGUGGUGCUCAGCACUCCUGCUAUGUUUGAACAAGCCUUCCUGCCCUUCUUGGAGCGCAGCAGCAUUCAGAAGCCAUCCGACCCUGUAGACCAAUGUGUCCGGCACUGUGUCUCCACUGCAGUCUCACAGUGUUUCCCAGAACUGAAGGUGGAUGUGAGGUACGACUACGAGCUGCUGCCAAGCAGGAAGCCGAAGUUCUUGGCGCAGACUGCCGCGCACGUGUCUGGAGCGGCGUUCUACUACCAGCAGUCUGACGUCACAGACCAGCCCUGGGCCGGAAGAAAGAUGUUUGGAGUUUGCAUUCAUCCGAGCUUUGGCGGCUGGUUUGCCAUCCGGGCCCUGCUGGUGUUUGAGGAUGUGGCGGUGGGCGCCGAGCUGGUGCAGCCCGAUCCUCCGGACUGCGUUGCUUCCAGAGAAGACAGAAUCAAGCUGCUGGAGGCCUUUAACCUCCACUGGCAGGACUGGAGCUACCGAGACAUCGUCCCUGUGGGACAGACCUACUCAGAGAGACAGAAGGAGUACUUCUCCACUCCCCCGGCUCAGCGCCUCGCACUGCUCAGGAGUUGGGGCCUUUUGCCAAAAGAAGAGGCCCAACCUGAUCUCGGCCCACGAGAGCAGAACCAGGCCAACGGACACGGCUGACCCCUGGGGCUCCUGAGUCGAACCCUCUGCUGCUUUCAUUUGUUUUCAUUCAACCCCAGCUGAGUUUGAGUCUGGUGUGGCGUGUUUUUUUUAUUUUUCAUUUUUUAUUUG